UUGUUACUCGUUAGUGUAUUUUUUUUCUUUUUUUCUAGAAAAUUUUUUUUAUUCUCUACCCCUUUUAACGGGGUUUUCUAUUGAAAUACUGCAUUCUACCCUCUUUCCCCUUUUUUUAGUUACUAGGCAUUUUCUUCUCUUUUACGGCAUUUCUGCCAGUCGAUGCCCCUUUUUUCUUUCCUUCUUUUUUUAAAAUUCCAAGUAUUUUCUAUACAUAUAUCUGUCAAUAUUUGUCAAUACAUUUCCAUUUUAUUCUCCGACCUAGGCAUUGGCCAACCACAGUUUUCCUUCCCUUUCCUUUCCCCAGUUUGUGUUUCAUUCCCCCCUAAAGCUUUUUUGCCUUAAAGGCAAAACGAACAUUUAAUUUAAAUAAUUUUAAUUAAAAAAUUUUUAAGAAUCGACAGAAAUCGUCGAUAUGAUUUCCACUAAAAUAAUAUUGCCGGUCUUGUUAUCUUGUUUCAUUAUCAAUGAGGCUUUUGGAAGCCUCUUCUUCUGGAACAAACAAAAAGCCUCAUCAUCAAAUGACGAACUCUGGACUCGAUAUCAUAACCAAAAAGCAAUGGAAGAAAAAAUGGAAGAAAUAAAUAAAAAAUGUCCAAACGUUACUCGUCUCUACAGCGUCGGUAAAAGUGUUGAGGGAAGGCAAUUAGCCGUUAUUGAAUUUUCAUUGCAUCCUGGACGUCAUCAAACACUUAAACCAGAAGUUAAAUAUGUUGGAAAUAUGCAUGGAAAUGAAGCUAUUGGAAGGGAACUUUUAAUUCGUUUAGCGGAUUAUUUAUGUGAUGCGUGGAGAGGGGCACAAAGACCGAUUGUCGAAUUAUUAAAUUCAACAAAUAUUCAUAUUAUGCCGUCAAUGAAUCCUGAUGGAUUUGAAUUGGCCUACAAAACUAAACCAGAAGAUCGUGGCUGGCUAACAGGAAGAGGAAAUGCCCACGGCGUUGACUUAAACAGAAACUUUCCGGAUCUAAAUACACUCUUUUACUUUAUGGAAUCAAAAAGCUGGCCUUUUUACGACCAUUUAUUAGAAUUAUUCCAAAAUCCAAACCAACAACAUUUCGAGCCAGAAGUCAGUUCUGUUGGGGAAUGGAUACUCUCUUGGCCUUUUGUUAUUUCUGCAAAUCUGCACGAAGGGGAUAUGGUAGCUAAUUACCCUUUUGAUGAAAGUCGAGAACCGAUGUCUUUAAGUGCUUAUUCUAAAUCACCUGAUGAUGCUACUUUUAGAUAUCUUGCCGAAACAUAUGCAAAAGCACAUGCACAUAUGGCUAAGAACGAUCAUGAGCCCUGCGAUGGAACAGCACAAAAUAAUUUUGCCAGACAGGGAGGAAUUACUAACGGAGCUAAAUGGUAUUCUGUUGCUGGUGGAAUGCAGGAUUUUAAUUAUUUGGCUACUAAUGCUUUUGAAAUAACAUUAGAAUUGGGAUGUGAAAAAAUGCCGAAUCCCCAACAAUUACCACAAUUUUGGGCAGACAACAAAAUAGCUUUACUCGAAUUUAUUCGUCUUGCACAUAUGGGUAUUAAAGGAAUUGUUCAAGAUUCAGAAACGGGUGAACCAAUUCCAAAUGCUGUUGUUUGGGUUAGAAAUGUAACAAAAAAUGGAGAAGGAAAAGGAAAUGCAAUUAAACAUCCAGUCACUACAUGGAUCACUGGUGACUAUUUCCGCCCUCUAAUUGCUGGACAUUACCAAAUAGCUGUUGAGGCUGAAGGUUAUGAAAUUGGUGUUAGAGCUGUUAAUUUAAGUUUAAAUAAUGUUAUUGAACGUCGUCCAGUUAUUUUAAAUUUUAAAUUAAAUCCAAUUAAACAAAAAGAAGAACAACAAUUAAUCGUUACACCCGAAGAAAAUGGAGAAGAAGCACAAGAAUUGGAAAGUGAAUUAGAACAAGAAAAUGAAAAUGAGGGAAUGCUUACACCUGAACAAGCAGCAGAAUUUAUUCAACUUUUACGUUUACAACAAAUGGCGAGAGAACAACAACAACGUUUUUAA